AUGACUUCAAGUGUACAACCAUCUACUCCACCUCUAGGCGCAACAGGAGUUGAUGAAACAACACCUCUCUUUGAGAGUACUCUCCUUAUUGAAGAUCAGGAUAAUUUGUUAAUGUCUGAUCUCAAGAAUAAUCAAGAAAGUGCCCUAUUCGAAACAAUUGAUAAGGAUAAUAUUGACAGCAACUUUACCAUUGAAGCGAAUACUUCUGGUGGGGUUGAUUUUGAUGCAAAUAUAUUCAAUGAUGAAGAAUUUGGCAAUUUAGCAUCUGCCUUCACAACUGAAACAAAGGAAGAGGAACAAGUGGCAAAAAGUCCAAUUCUCAUUGAAGUUCCCUCCAAUGCAAACUUUUUCAAUAUGAAAAGCUCACAAGAAUAUACCAUUGAGGAGGAUCAACCAUUCCUUGAAACCUUUGAAAUGCACCAGGAGAAACUCGAGCAAGAAGAGAAACCUUCUGAUGUUGCCCCUUUCACAGAUGCUUCUGAAUCUUCGUUCAUGGCUGGAACUUCUAAUUUGAAUGAUAAGAUGGAUAUGGCACCACCAACUAGAUUGAAAUUCAGUGUUGAAGGAUCUUACACAUCCUCAUCCACAACAGAUCCACUAACCUCAUUCACAGCUCCCAGUAUUUCAAUAAUGGAAGCUGAUGAUAAUCCCUUUUCAUUAACUUCUCCUCAGGACUUUUCCUCAAAUGUUUCAUCGAAUGGAUCAACAAGUGGAUUUUCAAAUAAUCAUUCUGCUAGAUCGUCUGACAACUCUCCUCCCUCCAAAUCAGUUAAAACUGAAAACAAGUCAAGUGCAAGUCAGAGAUUGGAAAGAGAUGAUGACUUGUCUGGUUAUACUUCAGAUAGUUGUGAGAGUACCUCAAUUGGUAAAUCUCAACGAUUUGUAUAUUAUUUCAAUGGAAGCACUGGAUUGGGAUGA